UUUUGGGUUCAUCAGGGGAUGUUGUCCGAGCUCCGCAGCGCCCCCCUGCAGCUUGAAAACUUUCCCGUCUCGAAGUGAUUUCCUCCCCUGUUUUUACUUCCUGUUUUCUAAGGGAGUCACUUAACUCCGAUCAUUUCUGCUCAUCAGGGCUUCACUAUGCGUCUCUUCCUCUACCGGUAGUUUUCACCGAUCUCUCCGUGGGCUCUCGGGACGGACUGCAAGCCGCGGGACAUUCACACACAUAUAUUCGGCUUUAGAUGGAGGUCGGAGGGCUGAACUCAGUCGUGUCUACGGCUCUAAUGGAUUUCACAUAGACUUGCGUUUUGUUUUAAUGCCUUUUCCUGUCCGUUUUAUUCUCAUUUCUUGCAUUCGGUUUCCUCCUCUGCUGAGUGUCCAGCCUCGACCGCCCCUUUAACUCCAGCAACAAUGUAACUAACUCGGUCGCUUGUUCAUCUGUCUUCCGCCGAGCUCGACGACCGCGGUGCGCGUUCGCCGCUUUUAAAGUUUCACGCUGUCGUCUCGGUAUCGUGUAUUUAUUCGCCGAACUUUACGAUGGCCGAGCUUCAGCGGCCGACGCUGUGUUGCUGCCGCAAAGUGCUGACCGUGCCCGGCAAGUCCUGCGAGGGCGGCCGGAGUCUGGCACACUGUCGCCUGGUGGACAUCGCGUCAGCGUCCAACUUCCACAGCUUUAAACUCCGACAUUUCCAUCUGGACCUCCACCUGAACUUUGCCGUCAAGAGGAUGACGGGAUGGCAGGUUCUGGAGCUCACGCCCGUCCAGCCCGGCGUGCAAUCCCUCAUUCUGGACACGCAUCCUUCGCUAUUAAUUCAUUCCGUGGACUGUAAGGUGCCCGGCGCGUCCGGUUCUCCUGACGUGUUUUUGUCCCUCACCUACCGAGUAGAACCGUUCACCGAUUACGGAUCCUCUCUGAACAUCAGCCUCCCGGCCGCGGUGAUCCGGCCGCACCGGGCUUUCCGUAUCACCAUCCGCUACACUACCACAGACGGCCCUGCGAUUUGGUGGCUGGAUGCAGAGUUGACAUGUGGACAAACCCGUCCAUUGGUCUUCACUCAGGGUCACUCGGUCUGCAACCGGUCAUUUUUUCCCUGUUUUGACACGCCGGCCAUCAAAAGCACCUACUCUGCCACUGUUAGGGUUCCAGAGGGUGUCACAGUGUUGAUGAGUGCCUCAAGAAGUGCAUACUCUAAACAGGACAGGGUUUUCCAGUUCUCUAUGGAGUACCCUGUCCCAGCCUACUUGGUUGCCCUGGUGGCAGGAGACCUACAGCAUGCAGACAUUGGGCCCAGGAGUCGUGUGUGGGCAGAGCCCUGCAUCCUGACGUGUGCAGUCAGUAAACUGGGCGGCAAUGUGGAGCGCUGGCUUAAUGUGGCAGAGGGCCUCUUUGGCCCUUAUGUAUGGGGAAGGUAUGACAUAGUGUUCCUUCCUCCUUCAUUCCCCAUCGUUGCCAUGGAGAAUCCUUGUCUUACCUUCAUAAUUUCCUCCAUACUGGAGAGUCAGGAAUUUCUGCUGAUUGAUGUCAUCCAUGAGAUUGCUCACGGCUGGUUUGGCAAUGCAGUCACCAAUGCUACCUGGGAAGAGAUGUGGCUCAGUGAGGGUCUGGCCACUUAUGCUCAGAGGCGCAUUACCACAGAGGCCUACGGAGAAGCCUUCACUUGCCUUGAGACGGUGUUCCGUCUAGAUGCUCUUCACAGACAGAUGCGUCUUCUUGGAGACAACAAUCCUGUCAGUAAGCUGCAGGCCAAAUUUGAGCCAGGUGUAAACCCCAGCAGUCUAAUGAAUUUGUUCACCUAUGAGAAAGGCUUCUGCUUUGUUUCUUACCUCUCUCAGCUGUGUGGCGACAUCAAGAAAUUUGAUAGCUUUCUUAGGGCCUACAUCGAGAAGUUCAGAUUCACCAGCGUAAUCGCUCAGGAUCUGUUGGACUUCUUCCUUGGCUUCUUCCCUGAGCUGAAGGAGAGCUGCGUUGCUCAACGAGAGGGACUGGAAUUUGAGCGUUGGCUAAAUGGCUGUGGUCCUCCGUUAUGUGAACCAGAUCUCUCGGCGGGCAGAGCUCUAACGGGCCCUGUUCAGCACCUGUGUGACCUCUGGGGCACAGACACCCCCGACCCCCAAGCGAUUGCUACGUUUGACCUCUCUUCCUGGAGCACCUUUCAGACCGUCCUCUUUCUGGACCGACUUCUCGACCGUUCACCUCUGCCUCAAGAGGUGAUGAGUCUUUUGUCAAGCUGCUACUCUGCAUUGUUGGACGGUAUGAACGCUGAAGUCCAGAUUCGAUGGCUGCAGAUUAUAGUGCGGAACAGCUUUUAUCCUGAUCUGCCUCGAGUCCGCAGCUUCUUGCAUAAACAUACCUCAAGGAUGUACACAGUGCCUCUUUAUGAGGAUCUGUGCGGAGGAGUGAUGAAGUGUUUUGCUGUGGAGGUAUUUUAUCAAACUCAGGCCCGUUUGCACCCUAAUCUACGUAGGACACUUCAGCAGAUACUGUUCCAAAGCAGCGCCCUCAACACCAGCACAGCUCCAUCUCUACUCGCAUUACCACCCUCUGCCCCUUCCUCACCCACAGACCCCCCCGCCAACGGGACCAUUGCCCUGCGAGACGUCAACGUGUCUGCAUGAGAUCAAAACUUUUGUGGAGAGGGUUGAGGUGAAAGGCCAGAAGGGCAGGAACAGUACAGGGCUUGAACUUCUUGGCUCAGACUGGACUAUAGCAAUGCAUUGUGGGAGGGCAGCACUGAUAGGUGUACACUCUCACCAACACUGGGACGUCUAUUUAAAAAGGCAGACACUGAUUUUCAUAAGCUAAACAUGAAGCUGCUCAGGAUUGUGGAACAAAAAUAGAGGACGGAUGUUUGCGAUGGUUAUUAUGCCAUGAACCGUGUGUGUGUGUGUGUGUGUGUGUGUGCAUGCAUAUGGAUAGGGCUAUGUCAGUAUCAAGGAUACCGGUUGCCAUCUGUUAGCCAUUACCUUUUUGAGUGUGUGUGGAUGUGUGUGUCUAUUUUUUUGGGGGGUGUUUUGCAUAUGAUCCUCUGGCCUAUGCACAUCAUCUCAUCUGCAUCUGUUCUCCAGUACAACUGACAAAUCAAUUGGAGGAUUUGACAAGAUUUCAGAGACUUUCCUUUUGCUAGCUGCACAGAUGUGUAAUGUGGAGGACCAAUCCCUGGCGAAUCCCCUUCCUGGACAGUGUUUGAGAACUAGUGUGAAUACAGUCUGUACUCGUUGUUCAAAUCCGAUCAUUGCCUAAUGAAGACCCUACAGAUUUUACACACUCUUAGCCUUUCUGUGAUAAAUGGAUUGUUUGCUUUUUGUUUGAUUUUCAGUAACUGGAAUGUGUCUUUCUCAAGCUUCUCUUUCCUGGUGCUAACCACUCAGCAUUGAGUCUCAGGUAUAUCAAGACAGAAGAAGUGGAGCCAUGUUAGUGCCUUUCAAACCUUUCAACACUGUGGGUGUUUUCAACACUGCUGUCCAAAUGACAGCCUGUAUUUGUGAUUUGAGCCAUACUAGGGUGACAUUGGUUGACCAUUGGCCUACUUGCAACAUUUGUUAUUUUCAGGAAUUGAGAUGCUGUGGUGAAUUGAGAUGCUUUUUUUUUUGGAAGAAAAUGUUUCCUCUUUUAUUUAAUAAUGGGCAAAUUUCCCUUAAAUUAGUGAAAUUUGAAGAGAAAGGAACAGAUUAUCAUGUGGAUGGGUCCAAGCUGAUCAUCAGUGGCCUUAAUGACAAGUACAGUGGAAGACAGGUUCAGUUUUACAGGUAAUAAAAGACAUCAGAGAGCACUUUGUUUGUCGUGUCUGAGGAUCCUACCUUGGGACUUCACCUUCUUGCAUAAGAGGUUAUAUGACAGACACUCAUCAGCAAGUGAAAUAGUUUCUCUUAACUUAUAGAAUCAUAGCUUUUGUUGAUUGGAGGCUUAAACUGCACAGCCAAUAAUAAAAGGGUUUGUUUUCCACCCUCAUCUAA